ACCAACUAGGGCUUCUAAUAUAUAUAUAAAUAUAUAUAUGUAUUUAUUCGUUAGGGUUUUACUCGGCCGUCUGUGUUCUUCGCCAUUAUUUCCUUCGCCUUUGCCACUGGUUUCUGGUUGCAGAAGCAAAAUUGUAAGAGGUAAUGGCUCCUAAGCAGCCCAAUACGGGCCUCUUUGUGGGUUUGAACAGAGGACAUGUUGUGACCAAGAAGGAAUUAGCUCCAAGGCCCUCUGACCGCAAAGGGAAAACCAGUAAGAGGGUACAUUUCGUCAGAAACUUGAUUAGGGAAGUCGCUGGAUUUGCACCAUAUGAGAAGAGGAUUACUGAGCUUCUGAAAGUUGGAAAGGACAAGCGUGCUCUGAAAGUGGCUAAGAGGAAGCUUGGAACCCACAAGAGGGCGAAGAAGAAGCGUGAGGAGAUGUCCAAUGUUCUCCGCAAGAUGAGAGCUGGUGGAGGUGCUGAGAAGAAGAAAUGAGAAUUAUUUUUCUGGUUGUAUUUGUGUUAGCCUUAGAAUCCAAGUUCCUUUGAGAUUUUGAUCUGAGACGAGACUUCAUUUCAAAUAUUUGUUUGUUAAAGCGACAUUAACUCUGGAAAUUAUGAAAUGUGGCCUUUAUUUUUGGUUUUAUGAUAGCGCUUUUUUUUUUGACAAUUAUGUGUGGCCAAGUUUGGUCUUUACAUGUUCUAGUUUUGAAUUUAGACAAUGUCUUUACAAUUA